UGUAGGAGAGAAAGUUGGAUUGGGUUAGAAUAAGGGGAAAUUUGUGGAAGAUGUUGAUUUUGUUGCUCAAUUUUUCAUUAUUUACUGAUGAUGUUGGAGCAGUGGGUAUUCACCUUUCCGUUGAUUUCGCGGUGUUUAGCCUAUGGAGCCUCUCUUUAAUGCCUUCUUCUUCUUCUUCUUCUUCUAUUCACCAUCUUCCGCAAUCGCCGCACUGUGGAUCCAAAACACUCACUGAUACACCGUAAACACAAAUCCACAUUCCAAAUUUCUAAACCAAACUUCCCUCAUUUUUUCCUUUCUGGGUUAUUAAUGGUUCAGUAGUUACAGUGAUCCGCCAUGGGGUGUGUCAACACGAAGCAUGCCGUGUCCGUUACGCCUGCAUUCGAUCACUCCGGUGUGUUUCGGGACAAUGAAUCCACGGCGAUCGGCAACUCGGGUCGGAGCCGACUUGGGUUUGGGGAGAUUGACAAGGGUUCGAAGCCGAAGUCCAAGACGAGGACGAAAGGGUCCAGUGACUUUAAUGGGGUUGCGAGCGAGUUCGGUGAGUCGGGUCGAGCGAGUUCUAAUGGCGGUGGGAAUGAUACUUUGAGCUUCCGAAUCGGGAAUUUUAAUAAGUAUAUGGAAAGUGAGCAAGUGGCGGCGGGAUGGCCUGCUUGGCUCUGCGCCGUCGCCGGUGAAGCCAUUCAGGGCUGGGUUCCACUCCGCUCUGAUGCCUAUGAAAAAUUGGAGAAGAUUGGACAAGGUACAUAUAGUACUGUAUUCCGAGCACGUGAACUCGAGACAGGAAGGAUAGUCGCUUUAAAGAAGGUCCGUUUCGAUAAUUUCGAGCCCGAAAGUGUUCGGUUUAUGGCACGAGAGAUCAUGAUUCUCCGCAGGCUUGAUCACCCCAAUAUCAUCAAAUUGGAGGGCUUAAUCACGUCUCGUUUAUCAUGUAGCAUUUACCUUGUGUUCGAGUACAUGGAUCAUGACAUUACUGGACUCUUGUCUUGCCCCGACAUCACUUUUAGUGAAUCACAGAUUAAAUGUUACAUGAAACAAUUGUUAUCCGGGCUCGAGCAUUGUCACUCACGUGGCGUAAUGCAUCGAGAUAUUAAAGGGUCUAAUCUUCUAGUCAAUAACGAAGGGGUAUUGAAGGUGGCUGAUUUUGGUUUGGCAAACUUCUGUAAUUCGGGGCACCGACAACCUCUAACCAGUCGUGUUGUCACGCUAUGGUAUCGUCCUCCUGAACUUCUACUCGGCUCCACAGACUAUAAUGCAUCUGUGGAUCUUUGGAGCGUUGGCUGUGUUUUUGCAGAACUCCUUGUUGGGAAACCUAUUCUUCAAGGAAGAACAGAGGUUGAACAGCUACACAAGAUCUUCAAGCUUUGCGGCUCUCCUCCUGAUGAAUACUGGAAAAAAUCUAAGCUUCCACAUGCCACUUUGUUCAAACCACAACAUCCUUACAAUAAUUGUUUACGGCAGACGUUCAAAGAUUAUCCUUCGACGACCGUGAACUUGUUAGAAACUCUUCUUUCUGUCGAACCAUACAAGCGCGGAGUUGCAUCCUCUGCUCUCACAUCUGAGUAUUUCAGUACAAAACCGCAUGCAUGUGAUCCAUCAAGCAUGCCAAUAUAUCCACCAAGCAAAGAGAUUGAUGCAAAACAAAGAGAGGAGUCUAGAAGGAAAAAAGGCAGUGGAAGAACCCGUGGAUUAGAUAGCAGACGGUUAACUCGAAAGCAUCUCGGAAUCAGUAAAUUAGCACCAGCAGAGGACUUAUCGGUUUCAGCUCGAGAUUUGCAUAAGAUUAGUAUUAAUGCUCAAAAUCUUAAAGAAGAGAAGGUUAUCAAAGGUGGUGAGGUGAAAAAGGUUUUAAAUGAUAAAUUGCAAGAGUCUAUGCAUGUAAAGAAUGCAUCCCAAGGAGACAUUCCUUUCUCUGGCCCCCUACAAGUUUCUACAUCAAGUGGCUUUGCGUGGGCAAGACGACGAAGAGACGAAGCGUCUAUUAGAUCGCAUUCGAGAUCGAUUUCACGAGGACACGUAAUUAAUGGGCUGGAUCAUUCUGCUAUAUUGCAUUCAAGAAGCAAUGUGGACUCUAAGUUUCAUGAAAAGGGAGACAUGUUGUCCAUCAGCUGUUCAAGUUCGAAGGGACGUGAAUCAAACGAGAGAUCCAAGGUUGUGAUACGGAAUCAAUGGGGCAAGUUUGAGCGUCCCGAUUCGUUUGAUGCUUCGGAUGAGUACCAUUCGCAGGAUUUUUCAGUGGCACUUUACUUGCAAGAUGAAAUGGAAGCUAAGAGGAGUAAUCUGAGUUAUCAGGACCAAGUGGACAAAGUUGAAUACUCUGGGCCCUUGUUAUCUCAAUCGAGCCGAGUGGAUGAACUCCUAGACAGACACGAGAGGCACAUCCGACAGACAGUUCGAAGAUCGUGGUUCCAAAGAGGUAAAAAUUGAUUAGUAAUCAGUUUUGUAUUAGAAGAAAGCACCCAGAGAAGAGAUCUUCUAAGGUUGAACAUGGCAAUCACUCAAAAAAUUUAUUGAUUCCUGAAGAUGUCAUAGCAGUAAAUUCAUAACCAAAGACAUUGCUAUUGUUCAACACAAGUACACACGUUGGAACGUCUCACGAAAGUCGAACUAUUUGGAUGAUCAAACGAGUUCAUUUCCUUCCAAACAGCCAUUUUUUUCUCUUCUGUUUAGUUCUCUGAGUAUUUUUUUAUCCAAUCCUGUAAUGUAUAGUCUUGUACUGAUAGAUGAUGAGAAAGUAUUAUUGUAAAUGUUCCUGAUUCGUAAGCAUGGCAGCAGCUUCUCGUUCAAUAACAACACAAAAUUCUACA